AUGGCUCCAAAGUUAGAAAACCCCGGUGCAUUUACAAUUCUGUGCGCUAUUGGUAGUGCCGAUUUUGCCAAAGCUUUGUGUGAUUUGAGGGCAAGCAUUAACUUGAUGCCAUAUUCUGUGUUCAAGACAUUAGGGAUUGGUCAACCAAGUCCCAUAUCCAUGAGAUUGCAAAUGUCGGAUAGGAUGGGGAUAAUCGAUGAUGUGCUAGUUUUGAUCGACAAGUUCAUACUUCCCGCAGAUUUUGUGAUACUUGACUGUAAGGUUGACUACGAGUCAGUGAGGCAGCCUAAUAGUAAUGACGUGUGUUCGUUUGUGGAUCUUGUGACCGAGGUGAUUGUUGAAGAUACAAGUGUUGUGAUUAAUGUAGAAGAACCUUUGGAAGCUGUGUUGUUGAAUUAUGAUGUGGAUGAGAAGUAA